AAACAGAAGCCACAGCGGGCAGCGGCCCCCUGCAGAAACACCUCCCGCGCCAUCCACCCGAGGCUUCCCAGGCCCCUGGGCCCGGCGCCCCGGCCUCGCCGGUCCUGAUCCCGAGGGCGGUGGAGGCCGCCGCGGGCACAGGCAGGACCUUCGCGGACAGCACUCCCGCACCGGGCAGGGGAGCGCGCCUCGCCGCCUUCGGCGCCCAGGCUGUUCGGCGCCCCCUCGGGCUCGGGCUGGCCCUGGCUGGGCGCAGGGCGCUGGGGACCGCGAUGCCGGGGCGCGCCCCACUCCGCGUGGCCCGGGGGACCCUGGGCGCCUGGCUGCUGGGCGGCCUCUGGGUCUGCGCGCUGAGCGGGAUCUGCGGCCUGGGGGCCGGGGGCUCCCCGGGGACGCCGCGCCCGUGCCAGGCGCCGCAGCAGUGGGAGGGGCGCCAGGUGCUGUACCGGCAGAGCAGCGGGCGCAACAGCCGCGCCCUGCUCUCGUACGACGGGCUCAACCAGCGCGUGCGGGUGCUGGACGAGAGGAAGGCGCUGAUCCCCUGCAAGAGAUUAUUUGAAUACAUUUUGCUCUAUAAGGAUGGAGUGAUGUUUCAGAUCGAACAAGCCACCAAGCAGUGCUCCAAGAUCCCCCUGACCGAGCCCUGGGAUCCUCUGGACAUUCCUCAGAACUCCACCUUCGAGGACCAGUACUCCAUAGGGGGACCCCAGGAGCAGAUCACCGUCCAGGAGUGGUCCGACAGAAAGUCAGCUCGAUCAUAUGAAACGUGGAUUGGGAUUUAUACAGCCAAGGAUUGUUACCCUGUCCAGGAAACCUUCACCGUAAAUUACAGUGUGAUAUUGUCCAUGCGGUUUUUUGAUGUACAGCUGGGCAUUAAAGACCCCUCGGUGUUUACCCCCCCGAGCACGUGCCAGACCGCCCAGUCGGAGAGGAUGAGCGAGGACUGCUCCUGGUAAGCCCGUGAAGGCAGAGAUGACAGCGUGGGACACCAGAUGCCAGCGGCCCCAGCUCGAAAGGGAUUUGAGACUUGAGGAGAUGAGAAUCUUCGUUGGAGAUAAAUAUCAUAAUUUUAGGAAGAUAAACAUUGAUGUGGAUUUUUUUUUUGUAUAUAUGAUUUUGACUACUCAAGCUAUGUUUACAGAAGGGAAUAGAAUGGAGAGUAGGUGGUGAUAUGAACUGAGGAGAUGGCAAAUGUGGUGUAGCCUGUUUGGGUGCGCGCUUCUGCGUGAUGCACACAGGGCUGAGUGUCAGAGGGGCGGUUCGCCUUGGGAGGGAGGUGUGUUUCACUGCUGACAGUGCCGCCCCCACCCCAUGUUCCCUUAGCUACUAACAAAGUCAUCCCUCAGAAUCCCUUUCUGGCUUAAGAGCUGUAUGGCAUGACCCAGCUGGGAGGGAAUGAACAGCUACAGUACGAAGGAACUGUUCCUCUAAAGAGACAUUUUAAACAAGAGGGUUUGGAAAUGUUUAUGUCUAUCCCCAGGUACGCAUGAGCCAUGUAUGCUUCCUUUUCUCUAUGCAAGAGUAUUAAUCUAUGUGCUGAAUCGUCACAUACCUGUCAAUAGACCUAAAGAGACAGGGAGUAUUCUAAAAAUAGCACUGAACUGGGCGUCAGGAGAUGGUUGUCUCUGACAUCCAGGACUAGAAUUUCCUUGUACCUGAACUCCUUGGGUCAACUAAAUGCACUAUGCUUUCCCUCGCCUCGGCCUUCCUGGGCCCUGUGUCACAAGCUCUCUGUCUGACAUCUGCUUCUCCUUCCCGGGUCAGCGCGUGCAUUGCCUUCGGAGAGCUGCUCCCAGGCCUGGACUGGGUGCACCUUGCGGCUUGAGCAUGCUGUUCUCACCAGGCUGUGUGUUACCUGCCUGCACUCCCAGCCUGGCUGUGCGCUCCUUAAGUACGGGUCCGUGUUCUGUUUACUUUUAUAUGCACAGCACCAAGUAAGUGCCUGGCACGUGGUCAGUGCCCUAAAUUUUGGUAGAGUGGAGAAUGCUAGCCUCUCUGGUCCUUGCUUCCUCAUCUGUGAAAUGGGAUUGGGUUUGCUGAUCUCCAAGUAGACUUGCAGUAAUAAAAUUUAUUAUUCUAGAUUCUUCUGCUAUUGCAUUGCAUCUGGCUAUCUCUUUGUCAUUUAUUACCAGGAGAAACGUGUGACAUUUAUAUUACACUGAAAACAAUCUGUAUUACUCACAGUUUAUGUUAUUUCAAUAAACGAACUUAAUUGCAUUUCAGAGUUU